CCGACCGACACAGCUGCCCGGUGGCCCGGGAGGGGCGGAAGGGGGGGGUCGAGAGAGGGACGCCAGCAGCGCCUCCGCUGCUCCGGAUCCCGUCCGCUGCCCCCGACGCCGCUGGACCGCCCGCCCGCCCCCAUGUUCUACUUCCACUGCCCGCCGCAGCUGGAGGGUGCCACGCCCUUCGGGGGCCCCUCGACGGCCGACUUCGACGACGGCUUCUUGCGCAGGAAGCAGCGGCGGAACCGGACCACCUUCACCCUGCAGCAGCUGGAAGCGCUGGAGGCCGUCUUCGCGCAGACCCACUACCCGGACGUCUUCACCCGCGAGGAGCUGGCCAUGAAGAUCAACCUGACGGAGGCGCGCGUGCAGGUCUGGUUCCAGAACAGGAGGGCUAAAUGGAGGAAAACUGAGCGAGGAGCUUCUGACCAGGAAGGGCCAAAGGAGACCAUGGCCGAGGUGACCCCCCCUGGAAGGAAUUUGAACUCCCCCUCCCCAGUCGACCAAGCCAGGAAUAAAAAGGAAACUCUGGAGAUUCAGCAGAGCCUUAGCAGAGCUGUCGGCCCUUCUGGGCCUUUCUUCCCCUCCUGCCUGCCGGGGACCCUUCUCAACACGGCCACUUAUGCUCAGGCCUUGUCCCAUGUGGCAUCUCUCAAAGAUCUGGGGGAGGAGAACCGUAUUUCUUCAGUGGAAGCCAACCCCUGGACCAAGUCAGAAUUAGCCCCAUGGCUCCCUGGGAAGAUGUUCUCUCUGCCUCCAGACCAGACCAGUCUGAACGCAAAGAGCUGGACGACGUGGAGCCUGUCUUCGCCCCAGGAAAAAGCAGCUGCAACCGGCAGCCUGCGGGCCCCUCGGAAGACCCCAUAUUAUGAAAAACAGGCUACCAUCGUCAGUCUCAACAGCACGUUUGUUCCUGUGGACGACUCUGAGCCAAAGAGAAGGUCUGCAGGGGGGGCUGGUGCAUCCUCAAAUGGCUAA